AGCGAGAAAGCAACAUUCACCGGCCCCACCGACUCAGCGGCGACGGAGACGACGGCCCGCCAAGCGCGUCCGUCCACUUCCGUUCCGGAGAACCCUAGCCCCUUUUACACUCGGCCUGCCACUUUGCUCACCUCCUUCCUCCCACCCACCUCUCCUGUGACGCCUGGUGGGACCCCGAUCAUGACCUCGGUAACCUCCUCCUCUCAGCUCUGGAUCAUCUCGAAAGCUGGAGGUCUGAUCUAUCAGUCGGCGCCUCCUUCUGGAGCGAGCCCGGCCUUCAAUUCCGUGUCCUCCAACGAAGCCCUCAUCCUGGCUGGUACCCUCCAUGGUAUUCACGCAAUCACUGCAAGGCUAGACCCUACGACUCAGGGGCGGAACAAGGGAGCAAUGGAGUCACUCGAAGCUGAUGGUUUUGGACUAGCAAUCAAGGGUACUGCCACAGGCGUCAAAUUCGUGCUGCUGCAUCCUGCUACCCACCCCAAUCCUCAGGGCGCUCUGCAGAAAUGCUACGAAGUAUAUGCAGACCAAGUGAUGAAGAACCCCUUUUACACAAUCGAAAUGCCCAUCCGGGUACAAGGCUUCGAUAGAGAGGUCGCAGCUGUGCUAGUUGGCUAAAGUUCUUCACAUCACGCGAGCCACCUCCUCACAUCUUUUGAGAGCAGCAUGGGUAUCGCAUAGAAGAUGAUGGGUAAUCUCACAGAAGCGUCUACAAGGUCGACAGCGCCACAUGGAUGCGUGCCCCUACGAUCUCCUCUUCCUCUCUACACGCACCCUCAUAUAUCUCGUCGGGGUUCUCCAAUGGCUCUGGCUCAGGUCUGGUAACGGGACAUUCUCCAGAGUAUAUGCUAUGCCACGCUCAUCAACCGUGACAAAGUCGUCCAUAUAGAAGAUCAAAGAUGCAAUGGCGACAAUGCUUUCCAGCUUUGCAAAGCGGAUGCCGGGACACU